AAAGAUCGAAUGGUCAGGUUUCAUUUCUACGAAUAAGACUAUUUUAUACGCUACUAUUGAUGGAUUCGACCUCUUGAACCCGUCCGGAUCAUCCCUACGCAUGGUUCAACCAUCGAACUAUGAAUUAACUUCAGUGGUCCGCGAACUACGAGACGGAUCUCUUUCUGAUUCCUUAUAUUCCCUUUCCCUUUUUGCCCUUUUUCCUAUUAUAUCCCCUCAGUGUCCCAAACGCUCCCCCACCAUAGCUUGGUGUAUAAGAACAAUCUCCUCACUCUCUCUGAAAGCCCUUGCAAGAUAUCUCAGACUAGCACUACUACUACUAAUCUUCUAGAAUCUUCUAGAAAGGGCAAUCUAUGAAAUUUCUGCCCCUUCAUUGUUAGCAUAUUUUCUUAUUUUGAACAAUGGAGAAAAAGCAAGGCUUCUUCUCAUCACUGAAAGAAGAGGUCGUACGUGGCCUCUCCCCUUCAAGAUCGAGGACCAAGAGCUCCAUGUCGGGGCUUUUGAGUCGGAGGAAGCAUCAUUACCAGGUGGCGCAACCUGAGGCGUUGAUUCCAAGAUCAGGGAGUUUGAGGCCGGUCAUGGAAGGGCCUGAUCCGGAUGGGUACGGUGGUGAUGGAGGGGAUGGGAAGAAGGAUGGUUGGGGCCAUUGGAUGAAGGGCCAACUGUCGAGGGCCCCAUCGGUGUCUUCAUCAGCGUCGACAGGUUACAAGAGGUCGGAUCUGCGGCUGCUGCUUGGAGUCAUGGGUGCGCCGCUCGCACCAGUCCACGUUAGCUCUGCAGAGCCUUUGCCGCACCUCAGCAUCAAGGAUACGCCCAUUGAAACUUCGUCUGCUCAGUACAUACUGCAGCAAUUCACGGCUGCCUCAGGCGGGCAAAGGCUGCAGAGCUCUAUCCGUAAUGCAUAUGCAAUGGGAAAGGUGAAGAUGGUAGCUUCUGAGUUUGAGACGGCUAAUAAGGUUACGAGGCAUCGGAGCACAUCCAGAGCUGCUGAAUCAGGUGGGUUUGUCUUGUGGCAGAUGAUGCCGGACAUGUGGUAUGUGGAGCUCGCAGUUGGUGGUAUGAAAGUUCAUGCUGGUUGCAAUGGCAAGCUUGUCUGGAGGCACACACCGUGGCUCGGCGUCCAUGCUGCCAAAGGGCCCGUGAGACCCUUGCGACGUGCGCUGCAGGGUCUUGAUCCGAGAACCAUGGCCAGCAUGUUCACGGAUGCUAGAUGCAUAGGUGAGAAGAAGGUCAGUGGUGAGGAUUGCUUCAUACUCAAGCUCUGCACUGACCCGCAUACACUGAAGGCACGGAGUGAAGGCCCAGCAGAGAUCAUAAGGCAUGUUCUGUUCGGCUAUUUCAACCAAAAGACAGGGCUUCUUGUCCAGAUGGAAGACUCCCACCUGACCCGCAUCCAGACGAACAGCGGUGACACAGUCUACUGGGAGACCACUAUCAAUUCCUUCCUCAACGAUUACCGGCCUGUUGACGGUAUCAUGAUCGCCCAUUCAGGCCAUUCCAUAGUCACCCUUUUCAAGUUUGGGGAGAUGGCCAUGAGCCACACCAAGACAAGGAUGGAAGAGGUGUGGACGAUUGAGGAGGUUGCCUUCAACAUCCCUGGUCUGUCGAUGGACUGUUUCAUCCCCCCUGCCGAUAUUAGAUGUGGGUCCAUCAGUGAGACCUGUGAGCUCCCUCAUGGAGAGAGGGGGAAGACAGCUGCCGGAACUCAUCGUUCCAAGGUAGCUGCUUUGGAGAAACCCAACAACAACCAGGAUAACUUCAAAUGGAAGGUUGAAGUCUAAUGGGUAGGUUCAUAUCGAAUUGUUUAUACGGAUGAUCUCCAAAUCAACUGACAAUUAGGCUGUAGUUAGAAUCGCAUUUUGAAGAAUUCUGCGAUUUGGCAUGCGUCAUUGGCCGUAAAUAGUGAAUACCAUAAUCAUUCUUAGGGUCUCCAAUCCAAUGUCAGUGUCCAUAUAGUUUUAGAUCUGGGCAUGGAUCAGAUGGGCGUUUGUUUUUCAAUCAUGGCACAGAGCUUUGAUUUAUCAAACAACGGCUGCUCGUACUCCAUUUCUACUGAUUCUCUUGCCAAGGCAUGUAAGGUGGCGACAGGAACCCAUUCCACCCGGUGAUAUACUGCAUCGACUAUCUGAUGGUUUCCAUGUUUUUCCAGUUCUUUUACUGUAUGCGUCGAUUGGUGAGGUGAAAUGCUACUUUCGGUGUGGAAGGAGAUGGUUGAUUUCUAGAUGGAGUAAAGGGGUGAGAGAAUGAGAUAGAAACCCAUUUUUUCCCUUCAACCUACGGUAACCAGUUUUCUGAUCUGCGUCAAGUUAUGUAUUGUGCCAGUGGUUGGUGAAAGAUGUAAACAAGCUCAUUUUCUAUCAGAUAUUGAAUGCUUAUAAUAUUAUAUGGAUUUUUUUUU